CUUUUCCUUCAUCCCUUCUCUCUUCAUCAUCUCCAAGAACCAGUCUUCUCACCCAACCUAGCCAUGUCCUCGCCUAUCGAAGUUGUCAACAUGUCCCCUGAGGACUACCGCAAGCGCAAGGUCGCUCUUGUCACCGGUACGGUAUUUCCCCGCUUCCCCCUCCCCAAAGUGUUCGUUCACCGACUUUUUCGCAGUCUCAUCUCGUUCAUCAAGACGAGGGGUCAUCUCGUCCUCUGAUCAGUUUGGGAGCCGAAAGAAAAGGGCAGGACACGAGUAAUUGAUAUGUUAUUUUUUUCGCGACCUGAUCACUCAUGGUGCACAACCUUCUAUAUUUUUUUCUUGUUACUCUGAAACUCACAGGUAUCACUGGUCAGGACGGCUCCUACUUGGCCGAGCUUUUGAUCGAGAAGGGUUACCAGGUUCAUGGAAUCAUUCGUCGAUCCUCGUCCUUCAACACUGGCAGAAUCGAGCACCUCUACAAGGAUGCCCACGAGAACCCUAAGAUGCGUCUUCACCACGGUGACUUGACGGAUUCGACCUGCUUGGUUCACAUCAUCUCCAAG